AUGAGUCAGGAAGAACCAAACACCACAGAAUAUGCCUAUGACGAUUAUAUCAUUAUGCCACCCUGUGACAAGAACGAAGUCAGAAACUUUGCAAAGCUCUUCUUUCCUUUUGCAUACUCGCUGAUAUGCGUCUUGGGCCUUGUGGGUAAUAUGUUUGUGGUGAUGACAUUUUCUUUAUAUAAGAGAUCUGAAUCCUUGACUGACAUAUGUCUCUGCAAUAUUGCCAUUGCAGACAUUCUCUUUGUUCUCACUCUCCCUUUCAGGGCGCUGGACUAUGCUCUGGAUGGCUGGAUCUUUGGUGAUUUCAUAUGCAAGCUCACCAGAGGUAUAUACGCAAUUAAUUUCAACUGUGGCAUGCUACUCUUGGUCUGUAUCAGCGUGGACCGAUACAUUGCCAUUGUGCAGGCCACGAAGUCAUUUAAGCUUCGGGCGAGGACUCUAGCAUACAGUAAGGUGAUCUGUUUGGCCAUGUGGGGAUCAUCAGUUUUAAUCUCCAGUCCCACUUUCAUAUUCAGUCAAAGUUACACAUUUUCACCCAACGCAUCAAAAAACAUUUGUGAGCACAAAUCCAGCCCAGAGACCAAAGUCGCAUUCAAAUUGCUUAUACUAUAUACCCAGCUUUUAUUUGCAUUUUUCAUCCCUCUUCUAGUCAUGAUUUUUUGCUAUACCUUCAUUGUUAAAACCUUAGUGAAGACUCAGAAUUCCAAACGAAACCAAGCCAUACGUGUUGUGGUCUUAAUUGUGAUUGUUUUUCUGAUAUGUCAGCUUCCUUACAAUGUGGUUCUUAUUCUGAAUGCAUCAUCAAUGAGUAAUCUGGAUAAAGAUUGUCAACGCGAAAAGAAAAUGGUUUACGCAAAACAUUUAACCGAAACUCUGGCCUUCUUGCAUUGCUGUAUGAACCCUGUGCUCUAUGCAUUUAUUGGGGUGAAAUUUAGAAAUUAUUUUCUGAAAAUAAUGACAAGGUCGUGCUGUGGGAAGAAGCAUGGAACCACCCAUGGUUCAAGAGGCAGUUCUGAUAAUGGCUAUUCUAGACAAACAAGUGAAAUUUAUGAAUGA